CACUGUUUGUCUAUGCACACACUGGAAAUAGUGAUAGUUUAUUUACAGAGCACAUGGGUGCUUAGAAGAGUUGUGGUUCCAGAGGCAACUCCGGAAGGUCAAUUUCAGCGAGAUCCGGAGGAGUUGCCUAUAAUGAUGAGGUACGAAGUGGUUGAAAAUGAGAACGAAAAGGACCCUGGCUCAGUAAAGAUUAUCCUUUUGGAAGAUGUUGAAGGUGUUGGGAAUCAAUUUGACGUUGUGGAAGUGAACCGUGAUUUAGCCCGUAACAAUUUAAUUCUUGGACGUAAAGCAGUCUAUGCGUCUCCAUUUGAUCUUAAAUAUUAUAGUCAACUGAGAGAGAAAAUGAAAGAUGAAUUGGAAAAAAAAGUCCGUAUACCGUAUGAUUACAUUCUAGUAGCAAGGGAGCUGGUAAAAAUUAUCCUCCCAAUUCAUGUUUCAUUGGUUAAUCCCUGGACAUUGGACCGAUCGAUAUUGCACUGUUCAUUGGCGGAAAAAGGCAUUUUUGUAGAUGAAGAUGCAGUUUUCUCACCUAAGAAAGAGUAUAAAGGGCCAGAUAUUGGGUUAGAAGGCCAAUUAGUACGUUUUUACCUUGUUGUCUGUAAGCAGUAUAUUGUCCCAAUGGUAGGAAGGAUAUCGCACAUCACCUCAGACACUUCUAAACAGCCAGCUGUCGUCACCGACGAAGAGCUAUUAGCAAACGGGCUUGUCAAGGAAGAGCCGUUAUUUUAUAAAAGCCCUGUUGUUGAUUCAACUUUUGACGUCAACGACUUGAUGGAAAGAAGGAGUAAAGGAAUGAUUUAA